CCGUCAUCCCGGUGCGACACUUAAGGAAGGCAAGCGAAGGACACGGUUGUGUUUAUACAUGCAUCUGCUAGCAAAAACGACACACUUAAACAUAAAUUACUGGACCUGUCAUCCCGUUGUAAACGUAAAAAGGGUUAAAGUUAAACAGUGACAGGCUAAUUUGAACCUCCAUUCCAUGCCCUAUGCGAUAAAAGACGUUACGCACUGCUGUGUUGAAUUACUAGAAAGGCAGUUACAUUUACGCAAUUUAGGAGGUUUUGCCCAUUCAUUGCUCCAAUAGCAGGUGGAUUUGGAAUUGGAUGGUCAGAGAUCGUUACCGCUUUGGUGGUUUUUGUAAGUAUAAAGCCGUCACUAAGACAUGGAUGUGUCUUCUUUCUAAGAGAUAAGAAUGGCAUCGGAGGCUACGGUCUCUACACCUGUUCCCAUAAACAACCCUGUCCAGAGAGACUAUUACUGGGUUCGAUCUUUUGUAGCUGGAGGUGUAGCAGGAUGUUGUGCCAAAUGUACGAUCGCCCCUCUGGACAGAGUGAAGAUUCUUCUUCAGGCCCAGAAUCCCCACUACAAACACUUAGGUGUGAUCGAAACGGUCCUCGCUGUCCCGAAGAAAGAGGGCUUCCUUGGUUUCUACCGGGGCAACGGUGCCAUGAUGGUCAGGAUAUUCCCCUAUGGAGCCAUCCAGUUCAUGGCUUUUGACAAUUACAAGAAGCUACUGAGUAAACGUCUUGGGAUCUCCGGCCACAUCCACCGCCUAGUGGCAGGGUCAAUGGCAGGGAUAACUGCAGUGAUAUUCACAUACCCCCUGGACGUCGUCCGUGCCAGGCUGGCCUUCCAGGUCAAGGGAGACCAGCGCUAUACCGGCAUUAUCAACGCCUUCCAGACCAUCUACCAUAAGGAAGGGGGUGUACCUGGGUUCUACAGAGGACUCGUCCCUACUAUUAUUGGCAUGGCUCCUUAUGCAGGUUUCUCGUUCUUCACCUUCGGCACCUUGAAGAGCCUUGGCCUGAAACACUUCCCUGAGAGCCUGGGCCGACCGUCCUCAGACAACCCAGAGGUGCUGGUCCUGAAACCCCACGUCAACCUGCUGUGCGGAGGCGUGGCCGGCGCCAUCGCUCAGACCAUAUCAUAUCCCUUGGACGUGGCGAGGAGGAGAAUGCAGCUGGGGACCGUGCUUCCGGACUCUGAGAAGUGUUGCUCACUGAGCAAGACCCUGAAGUACGUCUACAACACCUACGGUGUGAAGAAGGGACUGUACCGAGGCCUGUCUCUCAACUACAUACGCUGUGUGCCUUCCCAGGCGGUCGCCUUCACCACCUACGAGUUCAUGAAGCAGGUCCUUCACCUCAACUAGUGGUCCCACCCUGGGACAAAGAAGCCUCACAGACAUUCUUUCAUUUUUUCUCUCCAUGGCAUUAUGCAGAAUCAAAUUCUAUAAGCUUUGGACCCUCUUGGAUCAAGGCCCAUUCACAGGUUUAUUUGGGAGUGUCAGUCCUGCACUCUGGUUGAGCUCAUUAUGCUGCGUUCACACAGGUUCAGGCAGAAUGUUGACGUAACACAAGGUGAGGCCGGCAUAAAAUACCGCAACAGUCACGGUAGACAGCAGGGCCAUCCAGGGUUUGAACAUUCUAACUUUUUGUUGGAAGGACUUUACAGCUGAACGUUUAGUAGCUCCCUCACACAAGAAGAAAACACGGCCGAUCUGGACACUGGAAGCUAGCAAUAUGGGAUUUCAUAGCCACAUGUUUUACAAGAAUAUUUGUUUAAAGUAAUAGACACAAAAUAAUUGUAUUUAAUAUAUUUGAGUUCACCAUAUCAACAUAGCGCCUUGCUUGUUUCGUUUUGGUUCCAGGAUAUGUCGUCCGUCUGCCUGAUUCCAUGUGAACACAGCAUUGAUAGUACAAGUGGGCUGCACACAAGGUACGGUUAUGGACACGGUGUUGUGUAUCAGAGGGACCCCAGUGAUGUGUUCUUGGUGAGCCUUUGGCCUCAAGUGUAGAAGUAAGCCUCUUCCCAUUCAUUGGACUUCACAUUGGCCCGCAGCAAAUGGUUUUGCUCUGCUGCUGCCCCCUUUCUUAAUUUAUUGAAAUUAUUCAAAGUAAAUCAUUUUCAGCCUAAUGUUCAGAACGGUGGCUUGGUUUCAGCCAGAACUGUGUGAUGGACGGAUGGGUUGCUAUGGAUACGGCAGGGAUAAACAGUUGCGAAUGGCCUAGCGUCCUGCCGACGGAUGAUGUGGGUUUGUGCUCUAUGAGUCGCACAGUCCAGACCAAGCCAAGGUCUUCCACAACCGGCCAUAAUGUGUUGUAGGAACACUUAUACAAUAACACCUGAUUUAGCAUUUAGGUUUGUACUAACUUGAUGAUGACUAGUUUGAAAGAUUGCAGGAUGUCCAUUCCUCAUUUAAGGAGGUGUUUUUGUUUGUGUGUGUGUGUGUGUGUGUGUGUGUGUGUGUGUGUGUGUGUGUGUGUGUGUGUGUGUGUGUGUGUGUGUGUGUGUGUGUGUGUGUGUGUGUGUGUGUGUGUGUGUCAUCUUGAUGAAACGCUGGCAGAGAUUCAGGGUCCAAUAGCUUUCAGACAUAUUAUUGUGGCUUCUGAAAGUUUAAUUAAUUUAGUUUCAGGGUCUUUAUCUCCAUCUCACGUACAACACUUUUAUUUGCAAUAAGAGUUUCAUAAUACAGGGAAUCUUUGGACAGACUUUCAUGAGCGAGGGCUGAAUAGACAGUGAACUAUAAAUUUGAACUUAACAAAGAUGUUCGUUCUAUUGCUGACAAAGAUUAAAUAAGUUCUGUAUGGAUUUUUUUAUAUUUUGUGUAUGCAUGUAAUUAAUUUUUUUUCUGCAAUGAUCAGGGGUGUUUUUGUUUGUGAUUUGAUGAUGAAGAUGAUGAUGCAGUUUGUGGUGGGACUAUGUUGAUAUGCUGUCAUAGCGGUUGAAUUACAUUAUUUUAGUCAAAAGGAUUGGAGAGAUAUGAUAGAUUUGCACUUCAACACAACGUCUCCAGCCUUGUUCUUUUUAUUUAUUGACAUGGCAAACUGUAGCCACUGAGUGGCAGUGUUUAAUAUAGAUGGCGUUUACUAUCAGAGAUUAUUGAACAAAUGUUUCAGUUAUGUCAGUUAACAAAAAACAAGGUGCAUGGACUGAUAGUGGUACAUAGGCCUCUUAUUUACCCUUGAUAACGAACUGUCAGAACAGUGGCGGCGGGUAAGGUGAGGUCGUCUGUAAUAGGCACAUAUGGCAGUGAAUGUACUUUAUGUUGUCCAAAUGUAUGUACACAUUUUCAGUGUAGAGUUUGUAAACGUCAUCAGCUGAUUGCAAGCAACGAGUUUUAGAUCAAUGAAUGAUCUUAAUCAGACUUAGUCCUUAAGUCUAACUUGACAUACUACAGCAUAGAAUUAUGUCAUGAUCAGUCUGUCCGUUAUCCAUUUCUGAAAAUUGGUUUAUCAAUUUAUUUUCCGGUUGGCAUACUAAGAAAACUGUCAUACUGUCAAGUGCAUUCUGUUAUUUUAGUUGAUUUCAGUUUUUUCUUGUUUGAAUUGUAUGUAGGCCUAUUAAAAUGGAUGGUUGAAAUUUCUUUGCAUGUAAAAUGCAAUUCAAAAGAAGAAUUUUGUUUUUCAAUGAUGUUUUGAUUUAAGGCAAUGCCAACACACAAGCAGUGUGAGGUUGUUAGAAAUAAUGAUAUAAUAUAACAUUUGAAGGCUCAGGACUAAGGUUUUUUUAGUUAUAGCACAGUGUUUAUUGUUUUUUUUUUAGGGUUAGCAACUAGUUUUCAGUGUAGCUCCUAAAAUCGUUAUGGUGCUUUUAAGGUUUAAAAAGAUCCAAUUAGGUAUUUUAGCAAAUCAAUGGUUGGAGCAUGUUUACAAGAGUCCUCUGCUUAAAACCGACUAACCUUUCUGAUCAACGAAUUGAUUUAAUAAGGGGCUGUUGUAUGAUAUGGAAUUUUCUUAAUGGAGUCUUAAUGGAAUCACAUUGGCCAUAGAUGACUGUAUAAGAGUCAUUUGCGAUCGGAUACAUUACAAAUAGACCUGUGUCUUGUGCCAGCUUACGCCUCUACAGCAAGUUAAUGUUUACCUUCAUCUUUCAUUCUGGUGGUGCAAUAAUUUCAGUCAACUAACUUACAUGGAAGAUUUUCAGCAUAUUUCAAAUAGCAAUGUUGUGUGAUAGUUAAUUAUGUUCUUUUUUUAAUCCUACCAAUGCGACUUUGUUUUGCUUUGACUGCUCAUUGUAAACACUUAUUUUGGGAGAAAUUAAUCAGGUUUAAUGUAUAGCCUAAAUGUAAAUGUCCAUCAUGGUUGGAUGUAGUUCUUAAAAGCAGCAGUGUUGGAACAAUCACCAAUCAAUAAAAUGCCUUCCAAUACGUUA